UCGAACUCGAUAUCAACUCUGCGUACUUGGGGUUUAAGAAUACCCUCAAUUAAGAUAUCUAAACCGGGUAUAACACCCAGUCAAUUGAACUCAUGCGAUCUCCACUGCUAGGGCGCGAUCCUGUCAAGUUGCAAAAUCAUUCAUUUUUGUCUGUCUGUCUGACUGCUGACUGACGAGAAGAUAUCGAAAUAUGCCAUAUUGGCAGAUAUUUAAUCCCCAAUCUCCUCUUUGCCUUCUCUAAUACUUAAUCCUGCGCAACGGCUCAAACAUUAUAUAUUAUCAGCGAAAUUAUCGAUAUGCAGCGCACUUAUCUCGCUUUUCAGCAUAACGCUAAGCUCCAUGCUCUGCAGACUGUGGUCACCACAAUUCGAUCGGUAGCAGCGCUUGAAGAGGCUAAUAAGGGGCUCUACAAGCAAGGACAAGAAGACGACCAUGUGGUAGUCACAGAACAAACUGUUUUUCAUCCCCAAGGCGGCGGUCAGCCUUCUGACACCGGCAUUAUGGAAAGCGCAGAUGGGGCGAGCUUUGACGUAUCCAUGGUACGCAUGAGCGCUGUGGUAGAUGGCGAAGUAUUACAUUUCGGCAAAUUCAAGAAUCCAUCCUCGAUAUUUAAACCUGGGGACUCUAUCACUCAAACCAUCAAUAGCGAGAAGCGACUUUUAUACUCCCGUUACCAUACAGCUGGGCACGUGUUAGGAUCAGCUGUUCGUCAUCUUCUCGAAAAAGAGGUGGCUAAUUUCGACGAACUGAAAGCUUCACAUUUCCCCGAUUCGGCUUCAUGUGAAUUUCAAGGUCUCAUUGAGAGGAAAUGGAAGGAUACCAUUCAAGGUCGUGUGGAUGAGUAUAUCGACAAGGACAUGCCUGUUGAAAUUGACUGGUGGGAUGAGAACGACUUCAAAGCUAAUGGUCUCGAGCGAUUGAUCCCUGAUCGUAAGGCAAUGGGUAUGGCGGAUGACGAGAAAUUUCGAGUCGUGAAAAUCGUCGGCGCUGAAGUCUAUCCUUGUGGAGGUACACACGUCGAUAGUACACAAUUGUGCGGUAAAACAAACGUCAAGAAAAUCAGUCGAGCGAAAGGUGUUAGUCGGGUCAGUUACAUGCUACCGUAAUAAGCGUACAGGUGAGGACAGGUUUAUAAUGCCUGUCUUGUCGGGACGAAAUCCUCGAGUUGUCGAAGUAGCCUGCCGCGAUUUUACUACGGGAUCUAUCCGACGUCCGAUGCCGCGAAUGGGGAACUAAAGACUACCCGAUAUUCGGCAGCAGUAUCGUACAACGUGUUCCGUUUUACAGGCAUGAGGGUUCCAAUCGUAUAAGGCUCUUGGCAAUUAGGAUUUCGCCGUGAGCAAUUUUAC